GGAUAUGUACUUCCGGUAGUCGGUAAGCAGCGCAGUGACUCAGGGCACGUCGUUUCACAAGACUUUUUAUAUUUCGACUGCCAGUUCAGUUUUCUUUUGUAUCAGAAGUGUCCGUGUGCCGCCAUAAUUGUGCACAGGAGGAGGGUCUCUGGUCUGCGGUGGGAAGAGCCACUAUCUGGAAGAGAAGAGUCACUCAAGGACGAAAUAAAACAGGCAAGUUCCACACUUCCGGUUGAAGGGAGAUAAACAACGUUCGGCAAGAAAGAAGAAUCUCGGCCUGAUCGUCAUCAUCAUAAUGCUGCUGCGUAAAGUUACGUGUCCUGCGAUCUGCAGCUCCGUCCUCCGUCUGCAGCCAGUCAUUAAUGGGGCAAAGCGGCAAUCUGGAGCACUUGUGGGAAUUCAGAAUGUCCGUCUUUAUGCGAGCCAAACUGCAGAGGCUGUUCUGGACAAGAAUGUAGUCAGCAGGGACACCACCGCGACAGCUGAGACGGUUGAUAAAGCAGCCGUUAGUGUGGAAUCAAAGUCUUUUGCUGUCAACAUGUUCAAGGGGCAAAUCAGCACUUCUCAGGUCUUUCCGUAUCCCUCAGUGCUCAAUGAAGAGCAGUCACAGUUCCUCAGGGAGCUGGUUGGACCAUGCAGUAAGUUUUUUGAGGAGGUGAAUGACCCGAUGAAGAAUGAUGCUCUGGAGAAGGUGGAGGAGCACACAUUGGAGGGCCUGAAGGAGAUGGGAGCUUUUGGUCUUCAGGUGCCUGCAGAUCUUGGUGGUGUGGGCCUCACCAACACCCAGUAUGCCAGAUUGGUGGAGAUUGUGGGAAUGCAUGAUCUGGGUGUGGGCAUUACGCUUGGAGCUCAUCAGUCCAUUGGCUUCAAGGGCAUCCUGCUUUUUGGUAACCCUCAGCAGAAAGAGAAAUACCUUCCAAAGCUGGCUACUGGAGAGAACAUUGCUGCCUUUUGCCUAACUGAACCUGCAAGCGGUUCUGAUGCAGCCUCCAUUAAAACCACUGCAGUUCGCUCACCCUGUGGCCAGUACUACACCAUGAACGGAAGCAAGAUCUGGAUCAGUAAUGGAGGCACUGCUGAGAUCUUCACUGUGUUUGCCAAGACUCCUGUAAAGGAUGAGAAGACUGGAGAAAUGAAGGAUAAAAUCACAGCGUUCAUCGUGGAGAGGAGCUUUGGAGGAGUCUCCAGUGGUCCUCCUGAGAAAAAGAUGGGCAUCAAAGCGUCCAACACCGCAGAAGUGUAUUUUGAGAAUGUGCGCGUUCCGGCAGACUGUGUGCUGGGAGAAGUUGGAGGUGGAUUCAAAGUGGCCAUGAACAUCCUCAACAAUGGCCGCUUCGGUAUGGCAGCUGCGCUCUCUGGCACCAUGAAGGGUGUUAUUGCUAAAGCGGUUGAUCAUGCUGCUAACCGGACCCAGUUUGGCAACAAGAUCCACAAUUAUGGAGCUAUUCAGGAAAAGAUGGCAAGAAUGGCCAUGCUGCAGUAUGUGACAGAGUCAAUGGCCUACAUGGUUAGUGGGAACAUGGACAGUGGAGCCACAGAGUUCCAGAUCGAGGCGGCCAUUAGUAAAAUCUUUGCCUCUGAAGCAGCUUGGUUGGUAACUGACGAAUGCAUCCAGGUUAUGGGAGGAAUGGGAUUCAUGAAGGACGCUGGUGUGGAAAGGGUUUUGAGGGACCUGCGAAUCUUCAGAAUAUUCGAGGGGACCAAUGACAUCCUGCGCCUGUUCGUAGCUCUCAACGGCUUCCAGAAUGCAGGCAAUCAACUGAAGAGUUUGCAGAAAGCGCUAAAAAACCCCUUGGGUAAUGCUGGGAUGUUGGCGGGUGAAAUCACAAAGCGAGCCAAGAGGAGGGCAGGUUUGGGUUCUGGACUUACGCUGCAGGGAACCGUUCAUCCAGAGCUUAACCACAGUGGAGAAUUGACUGUUAAAGCCAUCGAGCAGUUUGGAGCUGUUAUAGAAGAGCUUCUUCUGAAGCAUGGAAAGAAAAUCAUUGAUGAACAAUUUGUUCUGAAGCGAGUUGCAGACUGUGCCAUUGAUCUGUAUGCCAUGGUUGUGGUCUUGUCCAGAGCUUCCCGUUCUCUCAGUCAGGGUCAUACUUCUGCUCAGCAUGAGAAGAUGCUGUGUGAAACCUGGUGCACUGAGGCCCACGAGAGAGUCAUGCAGGACAUCAAGUUCCUCAGAUCAGGGGUGUCCAAGCAGACCUUCAAGAACUUGCGUGCCAUUUCUGCGGCUGUGGUAGAAAACGGAGGGGUCGUUGCUCCUCAUCCCCUGGGCUUUUAAAGCUUCUCAGGCUGUUCUUCCUCUCAUCACCCACUCAUUACCUCUCUCUAACCAGUUAGUCACGCUCAUGUUUUUCUACUGGGACUGUUCAAUGCUCCAAUCCUCAGCGAGUGGGUUCCAUCACGUUGUGUUCUUCAACCACAGGAGUGCUUUAAUACUUCAUAUUAAAGUAUUGUAAAUGAACAAGUAGGAUGUUUAGGUGUACAAUUAAAGAUUGAAUUUGUGUUAAUUAAUUUAGCUUUUUAUAUGUAAUCAAGCUUAAAAUAACAAUACAAAAGUAAUAACAGCUAGAGGUGAAAGGGGGCUGCAUGUAGAAUACAGAAACCCUAGUUUUUAGUGACACCAGUGGCCGUUAAGUGAACUGCAGCUAGCUACUUAAACGAAAACGAAUGCACAAGAAACUGAAUGUGAUGUGAAUGCAAAGCUCUUUUUCUUUUUUGAUUAGAAGUGAAAAGAAGUUUGAAAUGCCUUGUUAGCAAUAUACUGAGCACUCCGACAGAAUCCACCCUGCUGAGAGAAGAGUUUAGAUUAAUAUGUAAAUAUGUUCUGCGCUCUUUCCUCUCAGUAACAUAAUAAAUGCAACGAAACAAUAACAGCAGUGAGAAAACAGCUGUUAAGAAAGCAUAGAAUCAUUGCGAUAUUGUCUGGCCUGUGAGGAAAAGAGCGAGGAGUCAAUUGCGAACUAAGAACAAAAACUGGCUUUAUUUAAUUGUGAAAUAAAUACAAAAGCAACAGAAACGACCCUAACAGGGAAGUGUGGGUGUGGAUAUGUUUAGCUGGCAUCAUGUCAACAGAUGUAUGCAAUUAGACAACAUUGUAUUUUCUGUAAUAUAUCUGAGGCUUGUUUAGAUCUGACUAAGUGAGACUUUAGUUUGAGUUAAAUCCCUUUUCUUUGCAUCACAUGCUGAUGUUAAAGUACAGAACAGCACUUUCUACAUUAUCCUGAGCAUUAUUCUUGUGUGCUCUUCUCUUGGGAGUGUGUGUAAUCAUCACAUCCUUUUGAUUUUCCCAGCAAAAACGUCUUGCAUGUAAAAUAACAAACAAAUUGACAAGCUUUUAUAGAUGAUCUUGAAAGCUUGGGAAAGUGUUUUUUCUCUCAUCUUAUUAUAAGCUUUUUUUAAACGUUUCUAAUUAAAAAACUAUAAAACUAGAUAUGAAAUGAAAUACAAGAAUCUUAAUACAAGAAACUUUUCAGUCCAGUGUCGCGUCCAGCUGCCAGGACUUUCCAAAUGUUUUCAGUUUGUCAUUGUUGGUCAACAUAUUUAUUAGUGGUUUUACACACUGAAACUUAAGUUUUCCCAUGGUCAUAAUGAGGAAUGUCUGAUCUGCAGUUACUCAGAAGUUUGUUCUGUUCUCUUGACUUUCAGAUUAUGAACACAUGUUUGUCUCAGUUACUUAUAAAAGUCUUUUGGUAACAA